GCCCUGCUUACGUUACGGGUCUAGCGAAGAUCCGUGCCACACUAGUGGGGCUAAGUACAUGUACAGUCACGAACACAAAUAACACGAGCACACUUGAGACGAGAUCGCGCUCAAGACGAGCAUAUUUCUUCAGUCCCGUUCAAAAUCGUCACGUAUGAGAGAAAACUUACGUGUACUUAAAACGAGCUACAUGUACACGCAUCUGUGUAUUAUUACAUAUUUCCGAGAAAUGGGGGACUCAGAUGAUGACAUACCAAAGCUUUCUGCUGAAACUAUGGCAGCAUUGCAAGAGUUUUAUGGAAGCCAAGAAACAGAUGAUAUUAGUGAAAACUGGAGUCUGUCACAGUUUUGGUACAGUGAUGCUACUGCUGAAGUAUUGGCCAAGGAAGCCCUCCAAGCUGCUGGUUUAACUGGAAGAAUAGCUUGUGUGGCCUGCCCUACUCUCUACCAGAAACUCCAACAUUUAAAACCAGCUACAUGCACUACAGUACUUCUUGAGUUUGAUAAAAGGUUUGCCAUCUACAAAGAAGACUUUGUGUUUUACGACUACAACACACCACUAAAACUUACCAACCUACAAGAAAACUCCUUUGAUGUGGUGGUUGCUGACCCUCCAUACUUAUCUGAAGAGUGUCUGAGGAAAAUAGCCCAAACUGUGCAGUUUUUAAGCAGUGAUAAAGUCAUAUUGUGUACAGGUGCUGUAAUGGAGGAUUUGGCACGAGAGCUCCUUGGUGUUUCAGUGUGUUUAUUCAUUCCAAGUCAUUCAAGAAGUCUAGCUAAUGCAUUCCGCUGCUUUGCCAACUUUAAGACGCAUCUCCUUAAUCAAACAGUAGCUGAUGCAUAGCAAGAUUCUCUACUUUAUGGAUUUUUUCUGGUUUCUACACACUCGUUUUUAAACAUGAUUUUGCUUAAAACAAAACUUGCUGAAGGUUUGUGUGUUGGAAAAGAGUGUCUGUGGUCAAAGUUAAAGGUAACUACAGACAACAAAACAAGAAGUAAGUCAUGUUGCUUACCUUUUGCCUUCAUUUUUUUGUUAAUUUGGAAUUGAGGAUUGCCAGUUAAAAAUGGUGAUGUGUUUCAUCAAAUGUUUAAGUUUACAGUCAGUGUUACACAAAAUAACAUUUUUGGGGGGACAACAGUUGUGUGUUUUUUGUGUGUGAUGAAUAGAGAAUUAUUAAGUUGAAGUAUGAUGCUAUUGGUUUUAUCCGAGGGUCAGAAGCCUUUUGAUGGGUUCCAGUGGCCUUCUGUAAACAUGCAUAUUUGAUAGGCAUUCACCCAAACUGUAACAUUUUAUAUCUAUGUUAAUCUUGAUUUUAUGUGCAAAACGUGUCCAUUGUUAACAACAUAUGCAUGUAAGCAUCUAGACAGUCACUUUUUCAUUCACUGCACAGGCAAGUAAUGUGGAUUUCAAUACCUUUAACGCUCAGCUGUCCCAUGUCACAGAUUUAAAUAGACAUGUAGUAGGCAUUGCUUUGUGGUUAUUAAAAUCAUGCAUGUACAUUAUCAUUGG